GUUGUAAACACAACCAACAAACUAUAUAAGACAAAAAUAUUUCUGAAAACUUUUGAGUCGUUUAAAACUAAAAAGAGUGAAAAUGCAACUUUUUAUAUUAGUGGUAGCCUUUUUUAUAGGCUCCUCCACAGCUUACACUAAUGACAUCAACAUAUGUCAAGGAGCUGCUGACAAUUUAUUCCUACCAGUACUCAACAAUUGCUCAGCUUAUUAUGUGUGCAUGGAUGAAAUCCCACUAGUUAGGGUUUGCCGAGAAGGUUUCCUGUUCGAUGCCAAAACUCAAUCUUGUACAUUACCUGGAGAAGCUCAGUGUAUAAAGAAUUGUACAUCGGCCUUGUCUUCAUUCUGUUAUGAUCGUACUUGCACCAAAUAUGUCCUCUGUUAUGCCAACACUCCGGUGGUGCGUGAAUGCUGUGAUGGUCUCCAGUACAAUGCUGAAACAGAUCGUUGUGAUUUUCCUCAAUAUGUUGAUUGUGUAGAUGAUAUGUGCACCAUAUUCAAUAAUCCCAAAAAUAUAACUUUCCUGGCUAGUAAGGCUGCCUGUGAUAAGUAUUAUGUCUGCAUGGAUGGUUUGACUUAUGCCAGGAAUUGUUCUAAAGGCUUGCAGUUCAAUCCAGAAUGUAAUUGUUGUGAUUUUAAGUCCAGAGUUAAUUGUUCUAUUCCCGCUUUACAACGUAAUAUUAUUCCCCUUUCAAAAGCUCCUCCCCGUGCCGCUGAUAUUAAAUGUCCUCAAGAAGGUAUCCAUUUUUAUCCUCAUGCUCAAGAAGAUAAAUACUAUUUCUGCAUGAAAGGUCGUGGUGUUAUUAUGGAUUGUACUCCUGGUUUGGUUUUUGAUCCCAAUGUUCAAGAAUGCCGUGAAAAGAAAAAUAUUUUGAAUGUGUAAUUAAGAAAUUUUGAUUGAUAAAUAAAAACCGUUUUUCUCUUUAACUUUUUUUGAACACACAGUGAUGCCAUCUAUUAAUGUUGUUUAGUGUUAAGGUGUUUUAACGCUAAAAUAAUUUUCACAAAUUUUUUUGUUUUUUUAAAUUUUUAAUAAUAUUUUUAAGAAAAUUUUCAAAAUAUUAAAGUGCUAACUUUUCGAGACAAAAUGUUAUAAUUUUCAACCUAAUUUUAUAAACGAAAUUCUCUUAAUUUAUUUCUCUUCAAUACAUUUUUAUUUCUCAAAUAAACUCUAACUAAGCAUCACUGAAAAACACAUUUUGUGCGAGCACUGACUAAAUCUUUACGAAAACAUAUUUUUAUAAAUAAAUAUUUCAUUUAUUCAGUA